AUGAAUAGAAUCGAUAAGUCUCGUCACAAAAAGACGGAACAGUCUACCUCCCUCUGGCUCAUUGCCCUUUCUCGUUGCGUUGAGAUGCCAAUGUGUUCUUUCUGCAAGAGUUGCAAAGCUCGCUGCCUUGCUUCUGAGGAGGAUUCGUCACGCUGUACGGAGUGCAUCAAGCAUAAGCGUGGGAAUUGUAAUAUGCAUGGUUUGUCGCCGUUGCAAGUGGAAAAGAUCGUAGCUCAGCAUUCCGCUGCUGAGACUGCUCUUGAUGACGCGGAGGAGGAGCUGGAGCGUGCUACAGCCAAGGUGCGCUGGUUGCGGAAACAGCGCAAGCUGUGGGCCGAGAAAAUAGCGCGCGCGGUGCGCUGUGGUUUGGACACGAUUGAGAAGCUUGAUUGUGUGGAGGCGGAGGAGCUGGCGAAGGAGCAGCAAGCUCGUGUUCCUGCUGGUCCCCUUCCUGAGAGGUUUUCAGCUUUGGUCUCGGGAGAACUCUUCUGA